AAGCCCAAUUCCUUGAAGACUUUGAAAGCUCAAGGCUGGCAGGGUUUGCCAGUUUUCAAGCUAGUGAAAUGAUAGAUUUGAUGUGAUACUACUACCCCCGCUUUGUAAGCUUUAGUAACCUUAGAAUAAUGCACUUGCAAGCCAAUAGGGACGACAAGAAACCUGAGGUUAGGUUCAUUUUUCGACUUGCACUUGUGCUCAAGGCAAUCCAGCUUUAGAUCCUCGCAGUCCUGAGGUUGGCCCUGCAAUGAACCUGACAACAGUCUCCCUGGUGUUGCUUCAGAUCUGAUGUACUAUUGCACUUGCAGCCUGCACUCAAAGGUUGGUAACACCUAUGAUUUGCUUUUGAAGGGAAGCCCUAGUUCAAGCUUCGUUCUGAGAAUGAAUUCGCAUCAAAGAAGAGAAAAUCUGACUUAGAACCUACGGAGUGAAGUGCGCAUGAAACAAGGAUGCAACCAGCUCAAGGUCUCCACAACAUUUCAAGUGCUCUGCGCACACGAUUGCGGUGCCGAGGCGGUUGAAACCAAAAGUGAGUGCGCUGGAAAGGUUGCCGUCCCUUGGCAGAAACUGGUCACACUAGAUUCUGUCCUUGUGGACAAAGUUGGAGGGAAGGUCAAAAAUAGUCAGGUGAAUUUUAAAUAUCCCCCAACAGUCGAACAAGGUUUCAUCAGUCUAUGGUAACUUGUCCAUCCCACCUUCUUUUUCUUAUUUCAGAACAUGAUGUAAUAGGCUUAUCAUGAACCAAUAGAGAAUUUAAUUUCGACAUUCUACCACUACCUGCCACUUCCAGAUGAAAUUCAAGACAACUAGUGAUCGAUAGAUUCUUUUUCUUUAGGGAUUGCGAUGUGUGGAAAUUUAAUUUUGUUCAUGCUCAUAAUCACUUGAUCAUUCUAAAGUGCUAUCUUAUCCAUCUUAUACUUUUUAAAAUUAAUUAAUUAUUGUUGGUGUUCAUUGUGAGCCGAUGUGCUGGUCGCUGCUGCCUUACAAAGACUUCACAUAAAUGUGACCUCAGUACUGUCGGACAUUACCAUGCUUCAGCAACUGCAGUGCUAGUAUUCGAGCAGAGACUGGGAUUAAUGUUGCUACUGCUGCAAUCUACACGUGACAUUGUGCGAAGUAUCAAUUGGUGCUGCAUGUGAAAGGUGUAUCCUACCAUGCUGCUCCAAGAAGCCACAAGUUGUGAGGUCUUGGAGGCUGUAUGCCUAUGUUACACUCCACAUGCGGUGUAAGGGGAUACCAGAACAUAAGGAUAUUUCUGGGGGUUUAUGUGUCUUGUCGUUACUGCGGUUGGUCUAUGUGGCUCUGCUUGUAGGAAUAUUGUCACGGACACUAGACUCUGAAGGGAGUUACGUGGAGUCUGGAACCCCCAUGAAGUUGUUUUAAAUAUGAAGAUAUUUACUAGGGACCUGACCAGCUCCGCUGCAGGGAUCUAGUGUGCCUCACGAACCCAGGCGAUCGAAAACCGGUCUCUGUUGGGUUGGAGCAGGAAUCCUGCAGACUGUAUAUGCAUGGAGUACAAGUACAACUGAAGCUGGGGCAAUAAGAAGCAUCAUGUUCCAGAGCAUUAGACAAUGUUUCUUCACUUGAGAGCAGUAACCCAAAGGCGGAAGAUAGUAUAAGUUCGCUGCGAAACUUCAUGCGAGGAUCAGUUGCAUUUCAUUAUAAUCUUACAUUACGUGCUGUAGAGUAUUAGGGGGAUAGUCCAACGGCGGCCUUAGAACUUGAUUUCAACACUUAGAAUUAGGCUAGUACAAUUUACAUUCCUGAGAGUAGUUCCAGCAACGUCUGAAGAGACUGAGUAGUCGGAGACAAACGAGAUUUCGAGAGCACUUAAUCGAGCGUUCCGGGAAUGAUCCCUUUAAUGAACCAUCAGUGGAAAUAUAAUCUGCGGGUAGGCCAUGGACCACCAUUCGGAGUACGUAUUUAACGAAGUUAGAAAUGAUCAAUUCACUAGUCUGAUGGCAUGAAUUAAAGGACCCUAUCUCUCUCGCUCUCUCUUUCUCUCUUCCUCUAUCUAGCACACGAUCGCACAAACAUAAAAGAUGUGUGCUUGUGUUUGUUAGCUUCUCCAUUGAAAAUUUGAUAGAGGUCGAAUAAGAUUCACCAGGUUUACAGUGGACCUAAGCACUAAAUUGUAAAAAGGACCGAAGGCAUCGAUCAUCACACCUAAAAGUGCAUUCAUUGAUCGAGGACUUUCAGGUCAAUAUAUUCCUAUAGUAUCUAUAUUCGGAGAUUAUAACCCAUCAUCAUGGCACUUCAUGAUAUGCUGCUUAGCAGCCGCAUACUUACGAAGCGCAAACGGAGAGACGAAACUUCUGAAGUUCCUAUUAAGAAUACCAUCAUUGGUGGAUUUCGAGGCAAUAGCGAUCAGAAUAAGGAUCGAACAUGGAUAGCCUGCCAUCAAUGCUCUGGCUCUACACUCCAUUCGCAUAGUAAUCGUUGUGUCUUGCAUUGUUCUUCCCCUAAGUAUAUUUCUGAUUUCGUAAUGGAAGGUGCUGCUACUUUAGACGAGAGUAGUGUGGACAGUUACGGCAAUACUCUUUCAGGUGGAUCGGAGUCGUUUGGUGUUUUCCACACCAAUUUCCAUUGUCGUGGAGCAGAUGGCAGCGAUGAUCAAUUACUGUUGCCAAUUACGUCCCCAUUUACAUCAAUAGGCACCAGCUUGCCAUCCAACUCUGACCUCGAACAGCUUGAUUUAGAUGGCAUUGCAGCAGUUAUAGGACAUAACGUGCUGUUCGGUACUAAUCGAUACUCUGAAGGUCGUUAUGCAUACAGCAACACUAUGACCACGAUCCGAUCGCAGCCCUCAUCUUGGAAUUCUAGAAUACCAUUUGAGGUUGACGACAAGAUCGCACAGAUGAUGCCAUCACUAACGGCCAACAUCCCCGGUUUGAACCGAGAGUCAGGAGGAAAUCAGCAUGCUGAUGGUUUCAACGCGGAAUUACCAAAAUUCUCCAUGGAGAAUUCAAGUAUCACCUCAAGCAAUUCGCUAUCAAAACCAGAGAUCUCCAGACUAUCGUCGCAGUUGCAGGACGUCCGUGAGGCGAUAGCAUCAGAAUUCAACCUCGAUUCCUUGAAGCAAAGCUGUGGGGAAAUGGUGGGUCCGCAAGUCACGAGCCGGACAGCCACCAGCGCCGAUAGUGCGGCACGACGUGAAACUGCAGGAAAAAUGGGGCGAGCGUUUCGAGGAGUGAGGAAGAGGCCCUGGGGUCGGUGGUCUGCUGAGAUUCGUGAUCGAAUUGGACGGUGCCGACAUUGGUUGGGCACAUUCGACACAGCAGAAGAUGCCGCCAGAGCUUACGACAGUGCCGCAAGGGCGCUGCGAGGGGCCAAAGCCAAGACCAACUUCGAAGUGGGUUAUACAUCAGAAUCGAUACAAACACACAACUAGGUGUCUACUUUCUUACUUUCGACGCCAGCAUGCACCAGCUCCAGUUUCCACCAUUGAAAGCAUUAAACUGUGCAGCUCUUUUUGCCUUCACACACAUACUCGGCUGACAGAGCAACAGUUCUCCACGUUGAUUUUGCCACUCAGUCUCGAAGUACCUCCCAGUUUAUGACUCGCCCUGCAUGACAGUCAGGUCAAUAUUGACGUCGAUUCUGGUCGCCGCUGUUAGAAAUAGCGCUACAAACAUAACGCCAGGGCUUGAUCUGAAGCUCGGAUUCAGUACACUCUUUUUCUCACUUAUAAUAAUAUUCUCAAUGUUUUUGUCAGUUUCAUCUCAGUUUUAGAAAAGAACAUGUUCAGAGGAUCCCACCACUGAGAUUCUACUCUGCCAUCAUAAUUGUGAUGUGCUUUGGUUAAGUAAUUGAACAAGGAUCGAUCAGAUGCAAACUGAUUAGUUUCCUUUCAAAAGUA